ACCAGUACCACUCAUGUGUCUUAUAUAUAUAUCAUAAUUAAGUAUUAUUGCUGUCAUAUAUAUACAUACAUACAUACACUGCCAAAUAUCCAAAUAUCAAUUCAUCGGAUUUCUCAUCAAUCUCACCUGCUAGGGGAUUGGAGCUCCAGGUUAUGCUCGGGUUCAAGUAUUCUAGAUCUGAAAAGAAAGUGGAAAAUCUGCAGUGAUAUUACUUUUGGUCUUGGAACGUACAUUAGUCAAACCAACGAUAGUAGUAGCAGGCUCAACAACAGUAAAAACGUUACUCUGGUCAAAAAAUACUUAAUUGUCCGAAUCUGUUUGAUACUUACUGGCCGAUAACAAAAAACAUAACUAAUUAAACCAGUACGAUAUAGUACCUAUUGGCUAUAUAUAUAUAUAUCAUGGACACCAUGGAUCAGUCAUCAUGUGUUCCUCCUGGAUUCCGAUUUCAUCCAACCGAUGAAGAACUUGUCGGUUACUAUCUAGGGAAGAAGGUUGCGAAUCAGAAGAUCGAUCUCGAUGUCAUUAGAGAUAUCGAUCUAUACAGGAUCGAACCGUGGGAUCUAAUAGAGAGAUGUCGAAUUGGAUAUGAGGAACAAACGGAGUGGUAUUUCUUUAGCCACAAGGACAAAAAGUAUCCAACCGGGACAAGAACGAAUAGGGCAACCAUGUCCGGUUUUUGGAAGGCUACCGGAAGAGACAAAGCAGUGUAUGAAAAACUAAGGCUCAUAGGAAUGAGGAAAACACUUGUAUUCUACAAAGGAAGGGCACCAAAUGGACAGAAAACUGAUUGGAUCAUGCAUGAAUACAGGCUUGAAUCCGAAGAAAACGGUCCUCCCCAGGAAGAAGGGUGGGUCGUGUGUCGUGCAUUCAAGAAACGAUCAACUGGACAAACGAAACACACCGAAGGAUGGGAAUCAGCCAACUUAUUUUUUAAUGAUGAAUCAAACCGAGUUAUCAAACGUCAGCAUCAAAGUUCUGUAUUUUCACAAAGUUUUAUGUGCAAGCAAGAAUUAGAAGCAGCCGAGAGUUUAAAUUUUGUGCAUUGUGAUCCAUUUGUACAACUUCCACGGCUCGAAAGCCCAUCUCUCCCAAUAAUAAAGAGGCCUAGCUCUACAUCAAUGAUAUCUUCAUUAGAAAAUAAUGAUCAAGAAGAAGAUCCACCGGUAGUGGCGGGAAACGUAAAUAAUAAUAAUACUACUAAUAAUAAUAAUAACAAUAACGGUAAUAAAGAUAAUGUGAAUAAAGUGACUGACUGGAGAGAUCUCGAUAAGUUUGUAGCUUCUCAAUUGAGCCACGAGGACCAAUACGAUAUCGGAGGAGUAGGCUUGUCUUCAAGCUUUGAAGGGAUACGGUGUUCGGAUCAAUUGGCUUAUGUAUUUAUGGAAAGUUGCAAUGAAGAAGAAGAUAGGAAAGGAAUGGGAAAGAUGAAGGAGUUCUUGAGUUCAACUAGUCAAGAUCAUUGUGAUAUUGGGAUAUGCAUAUUUGAAAAAUUAAACAAUAAGCAUGAUUACCAAUAAUAUAUAUAGAUGCAUGCAUCGAGGAGACGAUCGAUCAUCGUAUACUAGUUUGUAAUGUAUAAGUGUUUGCCAUAAUUAAUCUUGGAACAUAUAUAAUGUAUACAUGUAUCUCUUAAAUUCUUUCUUUCAUUUAUAUA